UGUCGAGUAGUUAUCUGGUAAUUAUUAUUAAGCUGCAUGUCAGCCAACUGUAUCUGUUUACACCAUUAUGGAUCAGCGACAGGAAAUCGAUCACAUGUAUGUCUGAAUACCACGACUGGAAGUGAGACAGCAGCAUGGAGUGUCUGAGGAGUUAUGGUACACUGCUAUAAGAAAGAACAGAAAGUUAAUCACAUUAAAAAAAACUUGUUGCUGUUUAAUUUUCCUGUCUCUGACUCAGCCAAAUGUGUUUGUCUAAAAAUGAGCUUCAUUUUCGAGGUUAUUUGAUAGUUGAAACAUCGACGUGUUAAUCCGUCCUGCUCUGUGAAACCCCCCCAGAGACAGCUCCAAUAUGUCAGAGAAAAAAAGAAACAUAAAGCGACUUAAAGUAGAGUUGCAACAAAGGAAUAUUUUCUCCAUCGGUUCAGUUAAUAGUUUUCUCAGUUAAUGGGUCAACACUGAAAACAUACUUGCUUAAAAAUAGCCCACCACAAGCCAUCACAAGUUCACAGUGGAGGUGCAACAGUCCAAAACUUAAAGAUCUUUCAUUUAGUAUGAUAUAGGACCAAGAAAAUCAGCAAAUAUUUCCAUUUAAGACACUGGAACAGGGGAAUUUUUGCCAGUUUUGCUUUCAGAGACAGACUUGAAAGACUACCACAACUGUUGCAGAUACAUUUUCUGUCAAUCAAUCUACAAUUUCAGCUUUGCUUACAGUGUAACUUUAGAUCGUCUAAUCAUGCAUCAUACUACAUGCAUUUCUCCAAACCAUAAAAAAAUCUUCAAAUUUCCGUGUUACGUACGAUUGUGUAAAUACUGUGUGUAGAGGUGAACAGGCAGAGUGUGUGAGUUUUUUUUUCGAUCGAUAGCUAACAGAAGACUUGUCGGUGUGUGUGUGUGUGUGUGUGUGUGUGUGUGUGUUUUGGUGUCCUGUAGGGCAGCUGAGCGGAGUGUGUUUUCCAGAGGAGCAACAGGUGGAUUGGAGCAGGGUGACAGUGUGACUGAUCCAUCGUCACCGUUUUCAUCACACCUGUGGAUUGCAUACAGGCAGGUCUGCUCCUGCAGCAACCUCCCUCUCCUUCCACCACCAUUAACCUCAACACCCUGACCCUCCACCCCCCGCUCUGUGGUCCCCUUACCGUCGUCCCACCACGUCUGCGGAGUGGGUGCCGGCUCCCUCCCCCAGGGGUGGGAGUGAGGAGCUGGGGGAUGGACUCGACAAACCCCUGGAAAACGAUGCUGAGGGUGUAUGGAGCCCCGACAUCGAGCAGAGCUUCCAGGAGGCCCUGGCCAUCUACCCCCCCUGUGGCCGCAGGAAGAUCAUCCUCUCUGAUGAGGGCAAGAUGUACGGACGAAAUGAGUUGAUUGCACGGUACAUCAAGCUCCGCACGGGGAAGACGCGGACCAGAAAGCAGGUGUCUAGUCACAUCCAGGUUCUAGCCCGACGGAAGGCCAGGGAGAUCCAGGUGAAGCUGAAGGUACGCUACGACCAGGCUGCCAAAGACAAGGCCCUCCAGAGCAUGGCCACCAUGUCCUCAGCUCAGAUCAUCUCACCUACUGCCUUCCAGAACAAGAUGGCUCUCCAGGGCCUCUCUAGACCGGCUUACCCCACUACUGGUGGGUUUUGGCACGGGGCACUUCCAGGACAGCCAGGAGGCCAUGAAGACAUUAAGCCCUUCUCCCAGCAGAGUUAUGCCAUGCAAGCGUCCGGCCCGGCCCCCAUAACAGGUUAUGAAAGCACAGCAGGGCUGUCCAUGUCUCCCGGUGCCCCCCCUUGGCAGGGCAGAAGUAUUGCCAGCUCCAAGCUGCGAAUGCUGGAGUUCUCCGCCUUCCUGGAGCAACCUCAGGACCCAGAGACUUUCAACAAGCACCUGUUUGUGCAUAUCGGCCAGUCCAACCCGAGCUACAGCGACCCCUAUCUGGAGUCAGUGGACAUCAGGCAGAUCUACGACAAGUUCCCAGAGAAGAAAGGGGGCCUGAAAGAGCUGUUUGACAAAGGGCCACACAACGCUUUCUUUCUCGUCAAGUUCUGGGCGGAUCUCAGUAUAAACCUGCAGGAUGACAGCAGCUUCUUUUACGGUGUGUCCAGCCAGUAUGAGAGCUCUGAGAACAUGAUAAUCACCUCAUCCACCAAGGUCUGCUCCUUUGGCAAACAGGUGGUGGAGAAAGUGGAGACGGAGUAUGCACGCUUUGAAAAUGGACGCUAUGUGUUUCGGAUCCAUCGUUCCCCGUUAUGUGAAUACAUGAUCAACUUCAUCCACAAGCUCAAACAUCUGCCGGAGAAGUACAUGAUGAACAGCGUACUGGAAAACUUCACCAUUCUACAGGUGGUGACUAACAGGGACACACUGGAGACCCUGCUCUGCAUAGCCUACGUCUUUGAGGUGUCCACUAGCGAGCAUGGCGCGCAGCACCAUAUUUACAGGCUAGUCAAAGACUGACACAGUCACACAGUUGGAACUUGCCAGCUCUAGACCCAUUGUAGCACAUCAGUGAGCAACAGCACUAAACAAUGGACUACUUCCUCUGCAAGCUUAAAGCUGACACCAUACAACUCGGUCGGGAGCCCAACGAAACACUGGCUGCAUCAGCGUGUGCAGGAACACUACUACUGCUGAAGAAGAGGUGGAGCUGGGACUGUGGAAGCUGAGACAUGCUGUGUGUGGAAAGCGGCAAGAAGAAAAAGAACAAAAAAGCACAGAGGAGGACCAUGAUACACUGUGGUCUCUAUACCAAAGGAGCCAAUCAAGACCUGCAUGAGAGAGUUGUCGUUGGUGGUGUUUUUCAUCUCAUUUUUACUAGAGCUUGUGUUUCAUUUAGAUUGUUUUACACACAUGCAUGUGCAGGGGAUGUUCGCUACAGAGGAGUUCGGCUGCCUCAGGGUGCCAUCUAGUGACUUAAAUAUAUAUGACAAUGGGGAAAAAAAUACUAAAAGUAGACAGAGAAUCCCUCUUUUGCACAUCCAUGAAAUAUCACUGUUUUUGGUGCCAAUGUUUUGUGUUAUUUGAGCAUUUGAAUAAUUAUGUACAGCGCCACAUCCAUCUCCUCUUAGCAGAACUGUGACGAUGAGUGGCUAAAAUGAUUUAAGAGAGCUAUUGUAUUCACUUUGUUUGAUGUUUAAUGUUCAAUGUUUCUUGUAUUGUCUUACUGUUUUGAUUGAAAACGAUCUGACUACAACAAAAGGCACAUAAUAACACUGCUAACUUGAACCAGAUUUGGAUCUGUAAGUUGAUUUACAGAAGUUGUCUGUAUCUGUAACUUGCCCUGAAGUGUCAGAUGAAAAUACAAGUGUUUCUUACAUAA